AUGUCACCCAGGCUGACAUCGCCGCAACUUUGCUACCGAAAUGACAGUCUGGCACACGCGCAGUCCCUGAAGUCACCGGUGCUGCAGGGCUCGCCGGUUACCUGCAACGUAACUCCCACGUCAAGACAGCCGCGUAUCUCCCAGCCAGCACUGACUCCGUCGGCGUUCGUCUUCCGAAAUUACCGCACUAAUGACACAGACGGCUACCAGGUUAUGAACGACGAUGCCAAGAUGUCGGGCCUGGAACACCAUCUGCGUACCAGCCAAGCGGUUGCUUUUCCCACCUCAGCUGCGGGGUUUGUGCCUACGACGGUCAUCUCGCCUACAUCAAAGGGUGGGUGUCUUAUUCGGCUGAACGAGAUCUCGCCCGAUAAGAGUGUCAAAUAUCACGAAGGUAUGAGCAACUGUGAUCCCCUGGGAAAUGACUUCGGCACCGAAAGCUACCAACGUACCGCCAACGGACUGGCCUUUUUCUCCCCUACGUCUUCUGCCAAUUAUGUAACCCAGCUCGCCGCUGAUAAUGGCCAUUCUCGAAGAAAGCCUUUUCAUAUCGGCGGUGUCGAUGUUGUUGCGCCCAUGACUUUUGAAAAUCGCGAACUCUGCCAAUUAAAUGACGGAGAGAAUGAGGGCAUGAGGUCUGAGAAUAAUCGCAAAAACAGUUCCUCGCGGCCGCAAAGCAAAGGUGCCGUGCAGGCCGAACCGAUGGCCGGACUGCCCCGAUGUGUCCAGGCUUCGCCCAAACGCUCCCUUGCGGGCGCCAAUCCCAAGAUGCGUCCAGUCUUUGUCACUCCGCCUAGAAUUCGUCAUGUCCAGGCAGCCAGCACGAAAACCCUGUCACGCAGCCUCUCAACUGACUCCAGUCUGAACAACUUGCGAUUUGGCACCCUAGAGCAAAACGACAACGGUCUGCACUAUAACCCCAUCCAGAUUUCUCCCUUCGCCUCUCCAAAACAUCCAAGAGUUUCGCAUGGGUCUGAGAAAUCAGCGGUAGGCACUGGUGUCAACUUCAUCACCAAGGCCAAGACGCUAGGUCCAGAAGUUCGUGGAAGCUUUGUAUGA